ACCGAGUACGUACCUGGGUAUGUAAUCGCGACCCGCCAAAUACCGAAGAGCUUCCAGACCAUUUCCUUCUCCUCUGCUUCCUCGACACUGCCGACUCCACACCUCAUCCGAUUUCUUGUAUCUGCCAUGCCACUUUGUCUUUGGAUACAUCUGGGUUUGUUCACUUGAAUAGAGCGUGUUUAAUGCUUGGACCAUCUAUACACAAUGUCCACUACGGAUUUCCAGCGGACUGAAUAUCUAAAUCUUCUGGCCUCGUUGCAACCGGAGCAAGCCGUAAAUAUCCUCAAUGACCGCGUCACACUCAUUACCAAGAUCAACAAUGACAUUGCCGAUUGGCUUCAGGAACGUCGGAAGGUAGAGGAAGCCUACGUCGCUGGUCUGCGGAAGCUUGCGCGAAGGCCACAACAAGAUGGCGCUGUUGCUCUUGGCAUCUUCCAGAUGCCCUGGCAGCGCAUCGUCUCUGGUACUGAGAAUCUCGCGGCUUCCCACGAAACCCUUGCGACUAAGAUCGAAACCGAUGUCGAGACCCCCUUGCGCAGUUGGGCGACACGCAACAAAGCAAUGCACGGCUUGAAUACCGCUCAGGCGAACCUGACCUCGAUUGCAAAGGAGCUGUCCAGCGCGCAAAGAAAGGCUGCAAAAGGUGGAAGACGGGCCGACACUGCCAGCACCACGGUGGAAGAUUCCUCGCGUCAGUGGGAAGCCCAAGCACCCUAUGUCUUUGAACAGUUACAAGUGCUGGAUGAGAUACGAGUCAACCAUCUGCGAGAUGUCCUCACACAGUUCCAGACACACGAGGUGGACUGCAUCGAAAAGAACAAGGUCAGCGCGGAGUCGUGUCUGAACGCACUGCUCAACGUCGAGACAGCGGACGAAAUAAAGACAUUUGCAGCACGGGCCGCCAGCGGAGGAGCCGGUCCUCUGCGAAGGCUCAGUUCAGCGACAGCUGGUGGGAGACCGACCAGUUCCUCACUCCGUGCACCACCGACACCGCCGCCACCUCGAGGCACGUCUGAGGGACAGAACCAACGCUCGAAUUCUUUCGCCGGCCAAGACAGACUGGCCCCCCUGCCCGAUGCUCCUACGCCGCACAAAGAGAAGAGCAAACUGGGUGGUCUCAAGCGUCUGGGUACUGUCAUGAACAGAAGGAAGAGCACUGUUCCACCAGUGCCUCCCACAGAAGAGAAGAGGAGAACGCGAUUUGUGCCGUUCAGGAGGGGAGAUUCAUCGCGAAGCUUUCAGGAUUUGGAAGAGUCAGGACAGGAUCUUACACCAGCUGCGACGCAAGAUCGGCCCACGUCUUCGGUCUCUCAAGAUCGACGGCAUGACCUGCCCAUUCGCGACAUGUCGGAGCCGCCGCUGCCUCUCCCUUUGACAAACGGAACUACGCAGCCACAAAGUCCUUUGGAAUCACAACCAUCAGUUGCUCCCACUCAGCCUGGCCUUGCGGACAAUAUCAACCCGCCACCAGCUCAAUUUAGUAAUAACCCCUAUCAACAAGCUGCGUUUCAACCGCCGCCUGUUGCUGAGACGGUGAACCCCAUGGUCCAGGCUCAACAAGAGGCUGCCUUGGCUUCUGGCUCAGUGGAUGAGUCGGCUCGAAAUUUCAUGAUCCGGGAUAAGCCGAUUGAAGAAGACGAAAGCGAAGCCCAACUGGCGAUGAACAACAUGGCCAACCAGCUACGUUCUCAAGCACAAAAUGCCGGCAUUAAUCGUGUCCAAGGCAGUGUAAGAGGACGAAGAGAUGUGCGAAACACAAUGUACAUCCCAAGCAGCACCGAGGCACUACCGCACACAACUCGUGCUCCUGCGCCUGUGGCGAUACCAGAAAACGCCGCCCCGCCCGAGGGUACCCUCGCAUCCCCUCUGCAACGACCACCAGUAGUGGGAGUUUUGCACGACGAUCAUGCUGCAAUGGGCUCCGACACGGCCUCAAUGCACUCAUCCAGAAGUCUCGCUGGCCCGAGUCCACAUCCAGAUCUGCACGAGCCAGGCCUCAACGCUUCUGUGAUCGAAACUGUGCACUCUUGGUUUACUGAGACCGGCAUCAGCAGGUCCUUCGUCCUCGGUGAAGUGGCACUCGCGUGUAACCCGACCGGUCUUAACGAUGCCGAUACCGAAACCAUCCGCAUCCAGCAUUUCGAACUCCUCGACAAGGUUGCCGCGAACCCCAUAUUCAUGAGCCAGAUCAAGGCGCCUGAAGACUCCACAGCUCAAGCCGAGGAACGCGCAGGCUGUUAUUCCGUGUUGGCCUCUUCGCUGCGACGACCGACGCCCAUGAUCUGCUUGAAGUACCAGCUGCACAUGGAAGAGAGCAAUCUGGCUCGAUACAGCCCGGUGUUGAUCACCCCAGCGUGGCAAAUUGUCGAGGGACAAGUGAGUGUGAUUGUGUUGUACAGUCUCAACCCUGUCUUUGGCAAUGAGCCGGUGACACUCAGGAAUGUGCAUAUUAGCGUGAGCCUCGACACCACUGGAGAAGGGACUGGUAAAGCCACGUCGGCAAUGAUGGCGCCAACCCAAGGUGCGAGUUUCCGGCGCAAGACAUCAUCGGUGGUGUGGCGCAUGAAUGAAUUCACCGUGAAACCCGAACAAGAGCGCCUUUUGGUUCGGUUCGUGACCCAAGGCGGCCUGGCGAAAAAGGGCGGCGUCGAGGUGAAAUUUGAGAUUGUUGGACGAACGGCCAGCGGCGUUGGAGUGGAGAAGCUGGUUGUCAGAGAAAACGACCCCUUCGCCGAUGAUGGAGGGGCGGUCGAGGACACAGAGGUGGUGAAGCAGAGCUGGGAAGCGGUGCCGACCAAGGCGAAGCUGGUUACUGGACGGUAUACCGCCACCUGAUGAAUGCCCUCCACCAACUUCCCCCUCCCAUAGGCAGGGCAGAGAUCUAGCUGGAGGGCCUGCAAAAGAGAGGAGACUUGAAUCUGGAGGGCGGCUGGGAAGAGUUGUAUAAAUUGGAUACCGGAGCCCCUGCAUCUUUUUGCUCUAUAUAAUGAAUGACCAGCGGGAGAGCCAUCAUCACAUCACAGACCGUCACAGACCAUCUAUACAGCGCAUACCAACGGAUGUUUAUCUGCCUUUGCUCCAUUGAAAACAUGUCGAUUUGGGAUUCUUACUCGCCUCGUGGUUGUGGGAAGAAUCAUCAUGUACAGUCUGUAGGUAUCUACGCACGCCGUCUCC